GUUUUCCGUUCGAAUCCACGCCACACAUUUAUGGCGAUUCUGAGAGUCAGGGCAGAUUUCUGCCGGGCCCAGCACAGCAACCUGGCUGAGAAGUGAGCUGGGGCCCAGGGUCCUGCGUGCCAUAACUGUACUUUGCCUUGAAGACUCCAGACACCAACACAUAAGCCUCAAAUAUAUGGGGUUAUCUUCUGCAAAUUGGAAACCUCUUCCUUUUAGUGACGCUAGAGAAGCAAAGCCUGGCUGAACCCAAGUGGAGAGAACACCUGUCCUGACAUUUUCUUUGUGCCUCACCAGUGCCUAAAUGUAGUAAAGGCUGCCUAGUUUUUUGCAUGUAGUAGGAGACUGUAGAAGGAGCACCACCUGCAGUGACUGAGGCUGAAGCUGAAUUCCAGCAGAUGCUCAAGAAAAGCUGCUUUUUCCUGAAGUGAAGAAUCAUCUUGAAGAACAAAACAAGGAAAGCGCUGAUCGAUCCCUGGACACUUUCGUGGUCUCUCUCUCUUUUUUUUUUAAUGUUUUCUGCUGUGAAACAUUGCAAGAUUUGAUUUUUUUCCCCCUACACAUUUCCCCUCCCUUGCCACUAUGAACCGUCCCGCUCCAGUGGAGAUUACUUACGAAAGUAUGCGCUUCCUGAUCACCCACAACCCAACCAAUGCAACCCUCACUAAAUUCACAGAGGAGCUGAAGAAGUAUGGAGUGACAACCUUGGUGCGAGUCUGUGAUGCUACCUAUGAUAAAGCACCAGUUGAGAAAGAAGGAAUCCAAGUCCUAGACUGGCCAUUCGAUGAUGGUGCACCACCACCAAGCGAGAUUGUGGAUGACUGGCUGAACCUGUUGAAAACCAAAUUCCGCGAAGAACCCGGCUGCUGUGUCGCUGUACACUGUGUUGCAGGGCUAGGAAGAGCCCCAGUUCUGGUUGCCCUCGCACUCAUAGAAUGUGGAAUGAAGUAUGAGGAUGCUGUGCAGUUUAUCAGACAGAAGAGGAGGGGAGCAUUCAACUCCAAACAGCUGCUCUACCUUGAGAAAUACCGGCCGAAGAUGCGGUUACGCUUCAGAGACGCCAACGGCCACUGCAUUGUGCAGUAAGAAACGGGAAGCCCUCCGUGAAGUCUUGACGCUAUCAUGGCUGUCUUUGUGGACUUGUGGAACCUGGAAAUGUAAUUCUGGAAUUGAAUGACAUCCUUUCCGUAGUGGAGUCGGUGCUCCUCAGCCUUUGUCCUAAUGAUGAUGAUUGUGAUAAAAAGUAAUAAUAAAAUUAAAACAAACCAUUUCAGUGAA